AUGGCGGCCACCAGCCCCAGAGCCUCCUGGGGUGUCCUCGCCGCCCGGCCCUGGGGGACGGCCGCUGCUCACCCCUGGGCCUGCCACGCCGUGUCCUCCGUCAGCAGGGACCCCGAGGAGCCAGCUCCGUGUCCUCGGGACCCGGCCCAGCGCGUGGAGGAGGCCCCCGGGGCAGGGAGCCGGCUGCCGGCCCCAGAGCAGGAACCGCUGACCUUCCGGGAUGUGGCCGUGGACUUCUCCCCGGAGGAGUGGGGGCGGCUGGGCCCUGCGCAGAGGACGCUGUACCGGGACGUGAUGCUGGAGACCUUCGGGCACCUGCUCUCCGUGGGGGCUCAGGUCGCCAAGCCCGCAGUCAUCUCGCUGCUGGAAGAGGGCGCAGAGCCCUGGCGGGCGGAGCAGCCCCGAGUGCGGAGUCCGAGUCCAGAAAUGGUGAGAAAUCCUGAGAGCAGAGCGUUGGUCCCAAGGCGUUGCAUGUUUGAGGAAGAACAGUCCCAUCGCCUGAAGUUGGAACGAUACGUGUGGGAAGAUCCUUGGUUCUCCAGGUUAGAAAUUUUGGGAUGUGACGACCAAUUGCAGAUAUACCGUGUGAACCAGGGUACAGCUAUGAGGCAGAUGGUCUUCAUGCAAAAGCAAGUGCUGUCUCACAGCGGCUCUGAACUCUGGGAACUUGGAGCAGAGUGUGGCCAGAGCUCAAACUUCACUCCCUCUCAGAAAGUUUGCCAACUGGAACAUUUCUAUAAGCCUGAUACACAUGGUGAAAGUUGGAGGUGCAAGUCAGCCAUCAUGUUUGCAGAUAAGAUUACCUGUGAAAGUAACGAUUAUGACACAGCCUUCUACCAGUGCAUGCGACCUGUUCAUCCUGCAAGGAUGCAGGCUGGAGAUGCUCUUUUCAAACGCUCUGAUGCUGUUAAAUCUUCCAGUCACGUCCUGCAUUUUGGUGAUCAUAAGGGAAUGCACACGGGAGGAAAGCUCUAUGAAUAUAAGGAAUGCCAUCAAAUCUUUAACCAGAGCCCAUUGUGUAUUGACUAUCCAAGACCUCUUAUCAGAGAAAACCCGUAUGGUUACAAAGAAUAUGAGAAUAUCUUCUACUUCUCGUCCUUUAUGGAGCGUCAAAAUAUCGGCGCUGUAGAGAAAGCGUAUAAAUACAACGAAUGGGAGAAAGUCUUUGGGUAUGACUCAUUCCUCAGUCAGCAUACAAGCACUUACACUGCAGAGAAACCCUAUGAGUACAAUGGAUGCGGGACCUCUUUCAUCUGGAGCUCUUACCUUAUCCAACAUAAGAAAACUCAUACCGGCGGAGAGAAACCCUACGGAUGCGAUAAAUGUGGAAAAGUUUUUAGGAACCGUUCAGCCCUGACUAAACAUGAACGGACUCACACUGGAAUAAAACCCUAUGAAUGUAAUAAAUGCGGGAAAGCCUUCAGCUGGAACUCCCAUCUUAUUGUGCACACGAGGAUUCACACGGGAGAGAAGCCUUAUGUGUGUAAUGAGUGUGGGAAGUCUUUCAACUGGAACUCCCAUCUGAUUGGCCAUCAGAGGACUCAUACCGGAGAAAAACCUUUUGAAUGCACUGAGUGUGGGAAGUCUUUCAGCUGGAGCUCCCAUCUGAUUGCCCAUAUGAGGAUGCAUACUGGAGAGAAGCCCUUCAAAUGUGAUGAAUGUGAAAAAGCUUUUCGGGAUUACUCCGCUCUCAGUAAACAUGAAAGAACUCAUUCCGGAGCAAAACCGUAUAAGUGUACUGAAUGUGGAAAGUCCUUCAGCUGGAGUUCCCACCUUAUCGCCCACCAGAGAACUCACACGGGAGAGAAACCCUACAACUGUCAGGAGUGCGGCAAAGCAUUCAGAGAACGCUCAGCCCUCACUAAACAUGAAAUAAUUCAUUCUGGAAUUAAGCCCUAUGAAUGUAAUAAGUGUGGAAAAUCCUGUAGCCAAAUGGCUCACCUUGUUAGACAUCAGAGGACUCACACUGGAGAAAAGCCCUAUGAGUGCAAUAAAUGUGGGAAAUCCUUCAGCCAGAGCUGUCACCUUGUUGCCCAUCGGAGAAUUCACACGGGGGAGAAGCCCUAUAAGUGUACUCAGUGUGAAAGAUCCUUUAACUGCAGCUCUCACCUGAUCGCGCACCGGCGAACUCACACCGGGGAGAAGCCAUAUAGGUGUAACGAGUGUGGGAAGGCAUUUAACGAGAGUUCUUCCCUCAUUGUGCAUCUGAGAAACCAUACUGGAGAAAAACCCUACAAAUGUAACCACUGUGAGAAGGCUUUCUGCAAGAACUCCUCCCUCAUCAUCCACCAGAGAAUGCACAGUGGAGAGAAGCGCUUUAUCUGCACUGACUGUGGGAAGUCCUACAGUGGCCACUCGGCCCUGUUGCAGCACCAGAGGAGCCACAGUGCAGAGAAAGUGUGA